GAUUUACUCCAUUAAGAACAAAAUAUGGUCCAAAAAAUAUUUCGAACGAUGUCCUGCUGUAUGUAGCCUCGCCUGGGCUAGGUAUUUAGGACGAAUAGAGAAGACAGUUCAUCUAAAUAUGUGAAGUUAUUGUAGUACAGCACGAGGCAGAUUUAUCCUGAUCAACAUCGUCGAAGGCACUGGCGAUUGAUCCACCUUCAGCUCUGCAUGUGCAGCCAUAAACAUGACACGUAUGCCAUUGUUUUUCAGACCUGUAGUCUGCGCGGUGUCUCCCUGAACUCUGUCGUCACUAUCCAGUCACGACUGGUGCGCGUAACGUGUAGAUGCCAUGAUCAUGUUCCUCCCCCUCCUCCUCCUCCUCUUCCCCCUCCUCCUCCUCCUCCACCUCCUCCUCCUCGUCUGUCAGAUACACUAAGGUUUUCCCUUUUACAUGCAACGAUCAUGCCAUAAAAGAGUCCUCCGUGCAGUGCGGUUUUUGAGCCCCUUCACCACCUGGAGUGUUUGUACACUACCAUGCAGGCGGCGGGCAGCACCGGAGCACCUGAUACCGACGCUACUGUAAACAGUAGCAGCGGCAGCAGCAGCAGCAGCAGCGGCACCAGCAGCGGAACCGCAGACGUCGACGACAGCGACGGGGCAGGGGAGAGGAUGGAGAGGACGGUGCCAAGCGAGCAGCAGCAGCAGCAGCAAAGGACCAACAACAUCCAGCAGCAGCAGCAGCAGCAAACGUCCUCAGCACCGUCCGGGGUGCUCGAUAAACUGUUUGGUAAACGGCUUCUCCAGGCCCGACAUUUCAUUAUGUCUCGGAAGUCCUGGUUGAAGAUGGUGCCCACCGAAAACUGUGACAUCCUGAUGACAUUCCCAGAUACAAUAGAUGAUCACACUCUGCUGUGGCUCCUGAAUCAGAUUCGUAUUGGAAUCCCACAAGUCAGCAUUCAAAUUCGACAGCAUAAACACACCCAGGCGCAUGCCUUCUUCAUCACGACAACAUUUGAGAACUUACUGCGAGGAGCAGAGCAGAUGGGCAUGCAUAAGGCCGUCAAACCGCAGUUCGGUGGUGGGAUGCGGCGCUUUUCCUGUGAGGAGGACAACAUCUAUGAGAACAUAGAGAGCGAGCUCUGUUUCUUCACCUCACAGGAGCGUCAGAGCAUCAUUAAGUAUUGGCUGGACAACCUGCGAGCCAAACAGGGGGAGGUGCUUCACAACAUUCACUUCCUGGAGGGACAGCCAAUCAUUCCAGAGCUGGUAGCUCGGGGGGUGAUCCAUCAAAUGUUCCCUCUCCAUGAGCAGAGGAUCCUUAACCAGCUGAUGACAUCUUGGGUCCAAGCUGUAUGUGAAAGGCAGCCCCUGGAUGAUAUCUGUGACUACUUUGGAGUGAAGAUCGGCAUGUAUUUUGCCUGGCUGGGUUUCUACACCAACUCCAUGCUUUACCCUGCUGUCAUCGGCUUCCUGCUCUGGAUACUAGCAGAAGCUGACCAGACCAGUCAGGAUAUCUGCUGCGUGGUUUUUGCCCUCUUCAAUGUUGUGUGGGCGACGUUGUUUUUGGAGCGCUGGAAGAGGCGAGAAGCAGAACUGGCCUACCGGUGGGGCACUUUGGACACCCCUGCCGAGUCCUUGGAGGAACCCAGGCCGCAGUUCAGGGGUGUGAAGCGCUGCAGUCCCAUAACAGGCUGUGAGGAGUUCUACUACCCACCCUGGAAGAGAGCCCUGUUCAGAUGGCUGGUCAGCCUGCCCAUCUGCCUCCUCUGCCUCUGUUUUGUCUUCCUCGCUAUGCUCCUCUGCCUGGAACUGCAGGAAGUGGUGAUGGAGAUUCAGGAGCUACCUGGUAUUACGAGAUUCAUUCCUAAGAUACUUCUGGCCAUUACUGUAACCAUAUGUGAUGAAGUGUAUAAGAAGAUUGCCUACUGGCUCAACGACAUGGAGAACUAUAGACUUCAGAGUGCCUAUGAGAAUAAUCUCAUCAUCAAGAUGGUUUUUUUUGAAUUCAUCAAUUCUUACCUAAGCCUUUUCUACAUUGGAUUCUACCUCAAGGACAUGGAGCGACUGAAGGAGAUGCUUGCCACUCUACUGAUCUUUCGGCAGUUCCUACAGAACAUCAAAGAGGUCCUCCAGCCUUAUCUCUAUGAACAAAACAAGCUGGGCGUCUUCACCCCAAAGGUGCUUUGGGAGCUACUCCAAGCCAUCGUGCUCAAAUAUGGCCGCCUGGCUCUGGGAAAGGCCCAAGCCUCGAUGACAGCCUAUUCCUUCCUGGGUCCCAGAGGGAUCCCUGUCAGUCACACUGCUAACGGUAACCCAGAGCCAAAGAGAAGAGGGGAUCUGAAAGCCGGAUUCAGGCUCUCAGAAGAGGAGUGGGACAUGAAUGACAGCGCUCUGAAACAACGUAAAGUCAGCUUCACGGAGAAGGUUGACUACCAGGACGUCACCACAGAAAUGCAGACGGGGGAUGACAGCUUCCUCGAGGAUAGUCCUACACUGGUGGAGGAAGGGAUGGAUCCAUCAAGUAUUUUUGACAGUUGUGAUGAGGACAGUGAUUGUGAAUUGCUGUCUCAACAGGAGACCAAGGAGAAUGCCAUUGUGUCCUCUCCGAAGGAAUCUGACUCUCUCUGUCAGAGAAGAAAGAACGUAGGCGAGGGGAAAGAGGACAAGAAGUCAUGGAUUGAUCCGCCAGAAGAGUCCAAAACUGUCACUCUGACCCAGGCUGAGAUUGAGAGCUGCAUGCAGACGUAUGAGGACACGCUUCAGGACUACCAGGAGAUGUUCAUUCAGUUUGGCUACGUGGUGCUCUUCUCAUCUGCGUUUCCCUUGGCGGCCAUGUGUGCUCUUAUCAACAACAUCAUCGAGAUCCGCAGCGAUGCCCUCAAGCUCUGUACUGGCCUGCAGAGGCCCUUCGGACAGAGAGUGGAGAACAUCGGACAAUGGCAGACUGCAAUGGAGGCUAUGGGCUUGAUAGCUAUCAUAGUUAACUGUUACCUGAUUGGUCAGUGUGGGCAGCUGCAGCGUCUGUUCCCCUGGUUGAGUCCUGAAAUGACCAUCAUCUCCAUCGUCUUACUGGAGCACUUUGCAAUCCUCCUAAAGUACGUCAUCCAUGUUGCCAUCCCUGAUAUCCCAGGCUGGGUAGCAGAAGAGAUGGCCAAGCUAGAGUAUCGACGAAGGGAAGCUUUCAAGAAGCAUGAGCAGCAGGCCCAGCAGCACUUCCAACAGCAGCUCAGACGUCGGCGUGAAGAGGAGGAGCUUCAGCGCCAGGCUGAGCUGCAGGCCGAGGCCCGCCAGGAGAGCGAGUACCACAAGGCGGACACCCAGCACCAGCAUCACCACGACAAAACACCAGGGGGCAAGCCAGGGGACAAGCCUAAGAGACCCAGCUCUCUGCUGGGGAACAACAAUGUGAUGAAGCUAAAGCAGAUCAUCCCGCUGCAGGGGAAGUUCUCCUCCGGGACCUCACGCUCACCGGCCCAGUCCCCAACGGGAGGUGAGGCGAAGCUCCCAGGAUUUCUGAAGUUCCUGAAGUCACCUGAGGUGAAAAAAGAGCCUGCGGUGGCGGUUGGAGCGACACCUGGGUCAACAGUGACCUCUUCGGUUCCCCCUAGUGGCCAGGAGAGGUCACAGUCCCCCAACAGGACAUUCAGUCCCGGGAAGCUGUUCAGUUUCAGCAAGUCAGAGGGUACGGUUGUGUGCGCGAAUGGGACACAACCAUCAACCCAGGCUGCUAACACUCAGCCCAACAGGCAUGACUUAAACACAACCCCAGAGGAACUACCCUCUAAUGAGUCAGAUAAAGGAGAAUCAAGACAAUUGACUGAUUUAGAAAACUCUGGCUCAAAGAGUUAAUAAAUGUUCCACCAUGCCAAUGUAAUAUUAUGAACGGAGAGCAAUGUACAAAUGUUCAGGCAACAUUCAGAGACAGCGACACACCUGUACUGUAGGAGAAUGUUAGUCACAAGGACCACAUGUAAGGUCAGCGUGCGUUAGACUUUCACUCUUGAUGCAACUUACUUCGCACAAAGUAUUACACUGUAUCUAACACUUGAUUAUCUAGCUUCCAAGUAAAAUAUGUACAGUAAGUGUAUCUACUUGAAUGGGGCUUGAGAAACCUUUACUUUGGGUUUAAAUACUGCAUGACUGCCUGGUUUUCAACAGCACCAGAACAGAUUCUGUUGAUGUGAAGGAUCUUUUUUAAGACAAAAAAAAAAAAAAAAAGUUUAAAAAAAAGGACCUGAUCAUCAAUAAGCCCUUUUGUCAAAAGGGCAUGAACAGCAGCUCCCCAUUCCAGGUUUGUUUCUCAUUCUGAUGCCUGUAUUGAAUGCAUGCUGCAUCAUGUGCAUGCAUUAUGUGUCCACCAUGUCUGUUUCAGUUGUGAGGCACUUUCAAAGCCAUUGUAUUCUUCCGCAAUAGGUCAGAUUAUAUUCACUGUGACCAUGAAAAAUAUUCUAUUUUUCUUAACUUUGAUUUUCUAUGAAUUAUUUUACUACAUAAAUUAGUGAAUGUACUUCUAUGAUGCAAAUAAAUCUCACUUGAAUAAACAUCCAUCAAGAGA